ACUCCCAGGGCGCAGUGCGAGAUGGGUUGGAGGACCGUGCUAGAGUGCGCGCCACCGAGGUCAAGGGCUCGCAGACCCUAAGGAAGCUGGAGCGAGUAUGCUGCGAAGUGGUUACCUGCUCUUGGGAGCGCAACUGGGCCGCCUGCGCGGUGGUCUCCUGGCCCCAGCCGAGAGUGGCCGCCGGAGCUUGACCUCCUGCAUCGAUCCUUCCAUAGGUCUAAAUGAAGAGCAGAAAGAAUUUCAGAAAGUGGCCUUUGCCUUUGCUGCCCAGGAGAUGGCGCCAAAUAUGGCAGAGUGGGACCAGAAGGAGCUCUUCCCAGUGGAUGUGAUGCGGAAGGCAGCCCAGCUAGGCUUUGGGGGUGUCUACGUACGAACCGACGUAGGUGGUGCUGGACUGUCACGGCUUGAUACCUCUGUCAUCUUUGAAGCCUUGGCUACAGGCUGUACCAGCACCACAGCCUACAUAAGCAUCCACAACAUGUGUGCCUGGAUGAUUGAUACCUUUGGAAAUGAGGAACAGAGACACAAAUUUUGCCCACCACUUUGUACCAUGGAGAAGUUUGCUUCCUACUGCCUUACUGAACCAGGAAGUGGAAGUGACGCUGCAUCCCUUCUGACAUCAGCUAAACGACAAGGAGAUCAUUAUGUCCUCAAUGGCUCCAAGGCCUUCAUCAGUGGUGGAGGUGAGUCAGACACCUAUGUGGUCAUGUGCCGAACAGGGGGACCUGGCCCCAAAGGCAUCUCAUGCAUAGUUGUUGAGAAGGGAACCCCUGGCCUCACCUUUGGCAAGAAGGAAAAAAAGGUCGGGUGGAACUCACAGCCAACCCGAGCUGUGAUCUUCGAAGACUGUGCUGUCCCUGUGACCAACAGAAUUGGGAAUGAGGGGCAGGGCUUCCUCAUUGCCAUGAAAGGAUUGAACGGAGGCCGGAUCAAUGUUGCUUCCUGCUCUCUGGGGGCUGCGCACGCCUCCGUUGUCCUCACCAGAGACCACCUAAAUGUCCGGAAGCAGUUUGGAGAGCCUCUGGCUAGUAACCAGUACCUGCAAUUCAAACUGGCUGACAUGGCAACAAGGCUGGUGGCCUCACGGCUGAUGAUCCGCCACGCAGCAGUGGCUCUGCAGGAGGAGCGGGAGGAUGCAGUGGCGCUGUGCUCCAUGGCUAAACUUUUUGCUACGGAUGAAUGCUUUACUAUCUGCAACCAGGCCUUACAGAUGCAUGGAGGCUACGGCUAUCUGAAGGACUAUGCUGUUCAGCAGUACGUGCGGGACUCUCGGGUCCAUCAAAUCCUGGAAGGUAGCAAUGAAGUGAUGAGGAUGUUGAUCUCUCGAAGCCUGCUUCAGGAGUAGCCCACACAUCUCAUGUUCCCACUUGCUGCUCCAUGUGCAGCUCCAGUAGGUAUGAGUGGUUCCACCUGCACUGUUCUGUGACAUGUGGAUCAUGGAUGAGGUGGAAGAGGUGAACUCUUCCCUCUGUGUCUUUGCAGCAGCAUAAGCUUGGGGACAGGACAGAGUCCUCCGUAGAACUGGGGGAACUGCCUGGCUGAUAUCACACGAAGGCACACUACUUGUUUUCCUGCUUCAGAAAGGCCACAGUGAAGAUUCACCACCAAAACCAAGUCCUGUUUUGGCUAUAGAUUGUCUUGAUUUGUCUGCAUUUUCUUGGUUCACCAAGUCCCUCUUCCAGAGGUUGGGGUACUUCCUUUGUGGGCUGUAAAGCAAAAGUACGGGACAAGAGAGCGGAGGCCAUUCUGUCUUUCUCUGUCCUCUGUUCCUUAGCUAGCACUGCAGAAUUUGUCAACCACACUUCCGCUAGAACACUCCUCAGACUGAAAUCAUGAUAAAAUUAGUCUUUGGGAAACCUCCACUCUUACACAGUGAUGUGGGAUGUAUCUCCAUUUCUGGACCACCUGGGUAUCAAGGGCUGAGAUUAUUUGGAACUUUGAAUAUUUAUUGUUGUUUUAUUUGUGGAAGCUGUGGCCUGGGAAUGGUGUUCAGAGUUUCUAUGCAAUUCUUCAUGAUCAGAACUUUGAGUAUAUUUUCUUCUGAGUUUUUGUUUUCUGUUUUGAAGUUCUCUUUUUAAAGAU